UUUAGAUUCUGGUGCCAGAAUUUUAAGAGAGUUCUUUUUUUUUAAUUAGAUUCAUAUGGCGGCAACCCAAUCACAAGCUUCGGAUCGUACCACUGAUUGGAAUUGAAAAUCAAGAAGAAAACUCCACAUAUACUGUGGAUGAGGCUCUUGUGAAAAUGGGAUUUGGGAAAUUUCAAGCUUGUGUGCUUGCUUAUGCUGGCAUGGGAUUGAUUUCGGAAGCGAUGGAAAUGAUGCUCCUAUCUUUUGUAGGACCAGCAGUUCAAUCUUUAUGGGGUCUUUCCCCUAAGCAAGAGAGUCUCAUAACAACUGCUGUUUUUGUGGGAAUGCUAGUUGGGACCUACUCAUGGGGCAUUAUGUCAGACAAUUAUGGAAGAAGGAAAGGAUUCCUCGUUACAGCAGUAGUAACUUCUGCAGCUGGUUUUCUGAGUGCUUUUGCCCCAAAUUAUUAUUUCUUGAUCAUCUUUCGUUGUUUGGUUGGUCUUGGUUUGGGAGGCGGUCCUGUGCUCUCAUCUUGGUUUCUAGAGUUUAUUCCUGCUCCAAACAGAGGCGUUUGGAUGGUUAUUUUUUCAGCUUUCUGGAGUGUUGGGACAGUCUUGGAGGCGGCACUUGCGUGGCUUGUUAUGCCAAGACGGGGUUGGAGGUGGCUACUUGCGCUUUCCUCUCUCCCUUCUCUGCUUCUCCUUUUGUUCUACAGGAUGACUCCUGAAUCACCGAGGUAUUUAUGCUUGAAAGGUAGAACAGCUGAAGCACGUCUUAUUUUGGAGAAAAUAGCAAAAAUUAAUGGCACACCACUUCCUUCUGGUGAUCUUGUUUCUGAUGGGGAACGUGAGCUAGAGACUAGGUGUUCGAUCAUAACAAGUCUUGAUGAAGGCAAUACAACUGCUGAGGGAAUGGAAGAAGAGGAAGAUUCAACUCCUAAGGCUAAGGAAACAGAAAAUGAAUACGCAACUCCUGAGUGGACAGAGUCUAACAUGGGUGGCAUCUCUGCACUGUUAGUGCUUCUUUCUCCAGAAUUAAUCAGAUCAACCUUGCUCUUAUGGGUAGUGUUCUUUGGCAAUGCAUUUUCAUAUUAUGGGCUUGUAUUGCUGACCACUGAGUUGAACAAUGGACACAAUAACUGUGCAGAUAAACUGCAAUCUGAAAAACCCCAGGAUAUUGACUACAAAGAUGUUUUCAUCACCAGUUUUGCAGAGUUUCCUGGGCUCCUAUUAUCAGCUGCCAUAGUAGAUAAACUUGGUCGUAAGCUUUCAAUGUCAGCUAUGUUCUUCUGCUGUUGCGCAUUUCUGCUUCCUUUGCUGUUCCAGCAGUCUGAGGGUUUAACAACAGUUCUUCUCUUUGGAGCUCGAAUAUGCAUUUCAGGAAGCUUCACAAUUGUGUUUAUAUAUGCACCAGAGAUAUACCCUACCUCAGUGAGAACAACUGGUGUUGGUGUUGCAAGCUCGAUUGGAAGAAUCGGUGGGAUGGUAUGUCCUCUUGUGGCAGUAGCUCUAGUUCAUGGAUGCCAUCAAACUGCAGCCAUAGUUUUGUUUGAGAUUGUUAUUUUUCUGUCUGCGAUCGCUACAUUGCUUUUCCCUCUUGAAACCAAAGGCCGUGAAUUGAUUGAUAGUGUAGCUAGUUCAAAACUGGUCAUGCAUUAGAUUGAAUAGACCAUAGCAAUCGGGCCUUGCGCCAUUUCUUUGAACAGUUUUUUUCCACAGAAGAAUGGAUGAAGGUGAGGAAAACCACCUUUUUAGUGAGGUGCACACACCAAAAUCAUAGUAAGUGAAACCUGAAGAAAGACAUGGUAUACUUAUCAAUUGUUGUUAUGCCAGUGCACAAACUUCUUAGUCUCUGUGAACCUCUAAGGUCACAUGUUCAGUGUAUUGUACCAUUUGUAGGGAUCGGGAAUGCAGAUAAAGUAACUGCAGUGCUAUGCUGAAAUUAUUAUUAUUAUUAUUAUUUUUUUGGUAUUCAAUAUUUCCCUUGCUAGUUACACAUA